GAGAGGAGAUGGCGGCCAGAGGGGGGUUUCAGUCGGCACCAACGGGAGGUGGUGGUGGAGCAAUGGGACCUGGACCACCGGUACCGGGAGCAGGACCAGGCAUGGUUCCCGGGACUCCGUCUGGAAGGAUGGGACCAUCGUCGGCCGCGCAGAACCACAUGUACCGCUCCCCGAUGCCCGGGCCUGGGUACCCGAGACCGGGCAUGCCCCCAUCCAGCCGCAUGACCCCGCAGGGACCAGCCAUGGGCCCCCCGGGAUACGGCAGCAGCCCGGUGUCUCGCCCUGUCAUGCCUGGCGUGAUGGACCCAUCUCGCAAGAGGCCCGCCCCCCAACAGAUCCAGCAGGUUCAGCAGCAGAACCGCAACCAGCACACAAAGAAGAAGAAGAUGGCUGAUAAAAUUCUACCUCAGAGGAUCAGGGAACUGGUCCCGGAGUCUCAGGCUUAUAUGGAUCUGCUCGCUUUUGAGAGGAAGCUGGAUCAGACCAUCAUGCGCAAGAGGCUGGAUAUUCAGGAGGCCCUCAAGAGGCCCAUUAAGCAAAAGAGAAAGCUUCGGAUCUUUAUAUCGAACACCUUUAACCCUGCAAAGCCAGACGCUGAGGAUGGAGAAGGCACAGUUGCAUCAUGGGAGCUACGUGUUGAGGGGCGUCUGCUGGAAGAUACGGCUGUGUCCAAGUACGAAGCCACCAAACAGAAGCGCAAGUUCUCCUCUUUCUUCAAGUCUCUGGUGAUUGAGUUGGACAAAGACCUGUAUGGCCCAGAUAAUCACCUUGUGGAGUGGCACAGGACUGCCACCACCCAGGAGACUGAUGGUUUCCAGGUGAAGAGGCCCGGGGAUGUGGGUGUUCGCUGCACCGUCCUGCUCAUGCUUGACUACCAGCCCCCUCAGUUCAAAUUGGACCCCCGGCUGGCUCGUAUGCUGGGUAUUCACACCCAGACCAGACCUGUCAUCAUUCAGGCCCUGUGGCAGUACGUCAAGACCCACAAACUCCAAGACCCCCAUGAGCGGGAGUUCAUCAACUGUGACAAAUACCUGCAGCAGAUCUUUGAGACUCAGCGAAUGAAGUUCUCUGAGAUCCCGCAGCGCUUGCAUGCACUCCUGAUGCCCCCAGAACCAAUCAUCAUCAACCAUGUGAUCAGUGUGGACCCUAAUGACCAAAAGAAGACAGCUUGCUAUGACAUUGACGUGGAGGUGGACGACACACUGAAGACCCAGAUGAACUCGUUCCUACUUUCCACCGCCAGUCAGCAGGAAAUAGCUGGACUGGACAACAAGAUCCAUGAAACCAUUGAGACCAUUAACCAGCUGAAGACCCAGAGAGAGUUCAUGUUGAGUUUUGCCAGAGAUCCUCAGGGCUUUAUCAACGACUGGCUGCAGUCCCAGUGCAGAGACCUCAAGACUAUGACUGAUGUGGUAGGAAACCCAGAAGAAGAGCGGAGAGCAGAGUUUUACUACCAGCCGUGGGCUCAGGAGGCGGUCUGUCGCUACUUCUACUCCAAGGUCCAGCAGAGGCGACAGGAGCUGGAGCAGGCGCUCGGCAUCAGGAACACCUAAAGAAAUGAAUCCACAAGCGGCAGAUGAGAUGACGUGCUGUCAGACAAGAGUGAUGUGUGAGCAUGUGUGGGAUGUUCCAAAUGAAUUCCCCCGGAGUUUUCUGACAAACGUAGAGAGACAUAGAUACUAGGUGGCUUUACUGUUAUAUAGGAUGUCCUUAUUUUUGUUUCAUCUUCACCCUGCAACUCAGCUACUGCUGCAGUUUGUUUGCUACUUCCACUUUUUUUUUUUGUAUGAUUUGUUUUUCUUCUCACACCAGAGCAAUGUAUUUUCACUUGCAUGUGUAAGCCUUACCUGGAAGCAUUCCUUUCAUUUUGAUAUAUUGUGCCCGCACAAAAGUACAGAUUGUACACAAAUGAAAAGCAAGAGGGUGACUUUUAAUGUAUUUUGUCCCUGAAUCUAAAAAUAUCUUAAAUCAGCAGGAAUGUGUUGAUUCUGCCUUGGCUCUUUGUUCCCCUUUUGGAAAGUAAAUUUACAUUUUACACUCCCGAUACGGCCCCUGGAUGCUUACAGUUAGAUAUUGAUUGUGUUUGUAAUCAAUCAGGCGACUUUGCUGCACAUUGGCUGUUCAUAUUCACUUUGUCUUAAGCUCAUUGUUAUUCCGACCAUCGUCAUGGUGUACGAGAGACGUUUAGAGAUUAAUCAUGGCAGAAUAUACAUCUUUUUGUUAAGGGUGCCAUUAAGUAUGAAGUUUUCCUUUUCUUUUUUGUGUUAUUAUCAAUGAUCCUUGUUUAAAAGUAUGUAUUAUAUCAGUACUUGUCUUGUUAGCUAGUACAGAUUAUCAAGGAAGUAGCUUGUAUGAGUACCUCUAGUCUAUAUAGUUUUGUAAAUACUGAGCAGAAAAAAACUGAAGAUGGACGUGAAGUAAAACUGUAUCUUAUCCUGGCAGAUGUUUUUCUUAACUCUUUGUCUACGCUCAGAUAGUUGAACCAGUAUUUAUAUUAUUAAUAAGCCCUCGCUGUUGGAGCACAGUGAUUAAGCUCUCCUCAACAUAAAUACGGCAGUCAAGUUUGACGAAUCGCUGCUCUGGGGGAUAAAAUGUACACGGCAUUCAUGUCGCCUGCAAGCUAGGGAAAAGUUAAAUAUCUGCUUUUAGUUUUGUGUAUUUUUAAUCAUGUGCAGAGAAGCCAUAAACACUUGAAGAAGUCGCAGCUUCUUCAUACACUGGCUGAAGACCCUGUUUAAUGGUUGUUUUUCCUGUUGAAAGUAAAGAUGAGUGUCCUGGCUGAAACUUUAACGUGUGUGCAUUUAAUUAACGAAUUCCAAGAAUACACUAAUGUGGGUUUGGGGCAGGUACAUGAUUUAAAACAAGCGGUGGGAACCUCUGGGGUGUAAAACAAUACUGGGGUACUGUAGUAGUAUUUGAAUCUGCAGACUUUUUCAUGGACCAAACCUAUUUUUCUGUAUGUUCUUAUUAUGUUAUAAUAAAGGAAAUGUAAAAUGUU